CAAAAUGAAAGUGUCUGCGAUGCCGGCUCGUCACAGUGGUCUGGUACAGUGCCGCUUGGCAAAGACAGGUCCAUGUUCUUCUGGUACUUUGAGAGUCGCCAGGAGCCAGAGAAUGCACCAUUGAUAGUAUGGCUCAACGGAGGGCCCGGGGCGAGCUCCAUGCUCGGCGCAUUUUUCGAGAUCGGGCCUUGUGUUGUGACGGAAGAUGGCGAAGAUACCCAGAGGAACGAUCUGAGUUGGACCAACUUUGCAAACAUGUUGUUCAUCGAUCAACCCAUCGGCGCUGGGUUUUCAGAGACCGCUGAUCCUAGCCUCUGGGCCGCAAACUUGGUCGAGGCAGGGCUUGACUUUGACAAAUUCCUUGAUACGUUCCUAGAUGACCUAUUUCCGACUCUUCGGGACCGCGCUAUUCAUAUUGCCGGCGAGUCGUUCGGUGGAAAAUACGUCCCUAUUUACACGUCCAUGACACGACACAAGAUCGACUCCAUCAUCCUCGUCAAUGCCCUUGUCAACAUGCCUCAAACUGUAUUGGGCAAGUAUGAGCACUUCUGUGUCCCUUUUCCGACGGAGAGCGAAGAAGGUUCUCGCAAUCGCUUCAACGCCAGUUCGUGCAACCUUAUGGAAGAAGGAUACUCGCAAUGCGACAAGUUCAGCCGCAUGUGCGACUUAACUUAUGACACAGAUACUUGCUUCACCGCGUUUGAAAAGUGCCUACCGUUGGAAAUGGUGUUUCAGCGUGAAGUCUCGCCCGGAGGACGCCACCCCUACGAUGAUAGACUGAUUUGCGAAGAGCCCCCAUUGUGCGGCAGACUUGGUAUGGAGCCGGUCAGCAAAUAUCUCAACAAAGAUACAGUUCAAAACGCCCUGGGAUUUAAGGAAAAGUUCGACUUUCGUCCUGUAAAUAUGGAUCUCAACGCACAGUGGUCUACUCAGUCGGAUUCUUGGGUGCCCAGCACCCGAGAGAUUGCAGAAAUCUUAGACUCUAAGCAUAUUAAAGUGCUGGUGCUGAAUGGGAAUAAUGAUAUUAUUGUGAACACCGAAGGAGUCAUCAAGAGUUAUGAUGCAAUGUUGUGGAGUGGACAUGCUGGAUUCCAAGCCGAGGUUUUCAAGCCGUGGCACUAUCAGGAUGCCAAGGGUGCUAGGGUUACUGGAGGUACCUUCAAGACCAAAGGCAACUUGACGUUGGUUACCGUUGAUGAAGCUGGUCAUAUGAGUCCUCGUGACCAACCAAAGGCGGUGCUUGAAGUAGUGAGGAGCUGGACUGGGCAUUGAGGGAUUAGGGCUUGGGCUCAUGCGCC